GGUAAACAAAAACCUAAUCAAAACUCUGAAAUAGUGGUGACGUUUUGGUGAAAAUUACAAAGAAAACUGUGAUUUUCACCUUUUUCUUUAUUCUUUUCUCGUCAAAAAUGUCCGAAACGGUAUAUUGAAUACCGAUAAAUAAGUAUCAACUUGUGUCCAUCUCGGAAUUCAAGUGAAACCUCUAAAACAAUGACCAGUGCAAAUCGCUUCACAUCGCCCACGCCUUCGGCCGGGCUUAUAACACCGAGUACGAGUGGAACUACGACAGCUCCGACCGGACCGAUUCCUAGCGCUGCCAACAAGUGGAAGCGAAUGCUUGAAUGUGAUGAGUUUGUCGGGGCUAGACGAUCGAAACACACGGUGGUCGCCUACAAAGACGCAAUCUACGUGUUCGGAGGAGAUAAUGGCAAAAACAUGCUCAAUGAUUUGAUUCGCUUCGGAGUGAAGGACAAGUCCUGGGGUAGGGCAUUUUCGACGGGAACUCCUCCAGCACCCCGGUACCAUCAUUCGGCGGUCGUGCACGGUACGUCGAUGUUUGUGUUCGGCGGCUACACCGGUGAUAUCCAUUCGAACUCCAAUUUGACAAAUAAAAAUGACCUAUUUGAGUAUAACUUCCAAAAUGGUCAGUGGACCGAGUGGAAAUUUGUCGGAAGGACACCGGUACCCCGAAGUGCUCAUGGAGCGGCCGUUUUUGAGAAUAAGUUGUGGAUUUAUGCCGGGUACGAUGGAAAUGCUCGUUUGAACGAUAUGUGGACGAUCAGGUUAACGGGAGAAACCCACCAAUGGGAAGAGGUGCAGCAAAAAGGUGAUCGUCCGCCAACGUGUUGCAAUUUCCCGGUAGCCGUUGCAAGGGGCUGUAUGUACGUGUUCUCUGGACAGAGCGGGCUUCAAAUUACCAACACCUUGUUUCAGUUCAACUUUAAAGAUAAUACUUGGCGUCGCAUUUCAAAUGAGCAUAUUCUUCGGGGAGCUCCACCUCCUCCAGCACGUCGCUAUGGUCACACUAUGGUUCAUCACGAUCGAUUCCUGUACGUGUUUGGAGGGGCAGCCGACUCCACGCUGCCUAACGAUUUGCAUUGCUACGAUCUGGAUUCGCAGGUCUGGUCCACGGUGAUUCCGGCACCGGAGUCUCAGGUUCCAAGUGGACGCCUAUUCCACGCUGCUGCUGUUAUCGGAGACGCCAUGUACAUCUUUGGGGGAACCAUCGACAACAACGUUCGCAGUGGAGAUAUGUACCGUUUUCAGUUUUCCAGCUAUCCAAAGUGCACCCUUCAGGAUGAUUUCGGGAAGUUUCUUCAAAAUCGACAAUUCUGCGAUGUGCAGUUUGUGGUCGGGACGGAUGAGGUGAAAGUACCGGCUCACAUUGCUAUGAUCGUUGCUCGUUCACAGUUUUUGCGGUCCAAAAUUUUAUCCGCACGCGAUGCCCGAAAUAUUCAUUUUGAGAAGCUUUUCGGUACGACAGAGGUUCCUUUCGCUGAUCGCCCGUUACUGGAGGUACAGCUGCCAAGCGCCCAACCGGAAGCAUUCGAAAUGGUUCUCAACUACAUCUAUACCGAUCGCAUUGACUUUAAGGAUCCUUUCUGCAACAAAAUCGUCCUGCUGAUGAUGGACGUUUACCAGCUUGCUGUUCAGUUCUACAUUCCUCGAUUGGAGCAGCUGUGCGUGCAGUAUCUGGAGUUCAAAAUUUCCAAAACGAAUGUUCUGGACGCGUUGUACAACGCCGAUCGGAUGAAUCUGAAGCUCAUAAAAGACCACUGCCUUGGUUUCAUAACCAAGGAGGACCACUUUUACGACAUUGUCAUGUCGACGGAAUUCGCUGCUCUGGAAAAACCACUGAUAGUGGAAAUCAUCCGCAAGCGUUUAAAUCCGAGCAAGCACUCGACCGACAUGAAGUACGACAAAACGAUCGGCACAUCGCUGGAAAAUGAUAUGGCAGUGUUUCUAAAGUCAGGUGGAAAAGAAUUUUGUGACAUCAAUCUAGUGCUUGAGGGAAAAGUGAUUCCGUCGCACAAGUCAAUUCUGGCGGCCCGUUGUACCUAUUUCCAGGCCAUGUUUCGGUCUUUCAUGCCAGCAGAUAAUACGGUGAAUAUCCAAAUCGGUGAUAUCUCUCCCUCACAGGAGGCAUUCAGCUCCCUGCUGCGCUACAUCUACUACGGUGACACUAAAAUGCCCCCGGAGGACUCGCUCUAUCUUUUUCAAGCCCCUUGCUUCUACGGAUUCACCAACAAUCGGCUUCAAGCAUUUUGCAAACACAACCUAGAGAACAACAUCACCUACGAUAAUGUGCUGCAAAUCUUGGAAGCAUCGGAUAAGAUGAAUGUUCCGGACAUCAAGAACUACGCGUUGCGCAUGGUGGUGCACAACUUUUCCCAGGUGGCACGGCUACCUAAGAUGCAGGAACUCACCCUAGAGUUGCUGCUCGAUGUCAUUAUGGCCGUUGCCGACACCAAGGGAGACGGGAGUAAGCGAAUCAGUCACGAUUCUACGUUCAUAAGUUUGUACAGUGACAUUUGAAGGAUAGCAUUUCUGCAGCCGGUUCUGAGCAUUCUACUCGCUUGGUUGAAGAACAAUGGUGACUUGCCGUGAGCGGAGGAUGAUUAGAAAUAUUUCCGGUAUUUCCAUAGGGACGAGGCUAAUAGGAAUAAUUUCUUUCUUCUACAGUCACACAUUAUUCUAUAAUGAAUCUUGCUGAUAAAUUGUACCUAAAUGUGAUAUUAUUUGAAACAACAUAUUAGAUAAUUCCUAAAUUUACACGUUGAUGUUUGAUCCAGAAACAAAAUUUUGAGCUUGUUGAAAUUGUAAAAUAUUAUUUUAUAUUUAAAUUGUAAAAAC